UACAUUUCCCAAAGGCCUUUGCGGCCCCAGUCGGCGGAGAGUCGCUUCCUCCUAACGGGUAUCUGGAGCUGAGCGGUCCUGGGGCUGUGUUGCCGGGUCCGUGAAGAAAGCAUCGCUCGGUCGCUUUAGUUCCGUCUGCUGCGCGGUCCUCCUGGCUGAGGGCUUCAGCCGGGGACACUGCCAUUUCCUGAGAGAAGGGCCCAGAGGAGGAAAGGGAUGGCUGUUGGACUUCUGAAAGCUGUGUAUCAGGAGCUGGUUACCUUCGGAGAUGUGGCCGUCGACUUUUCCCAGGAAGAGUGGGAUUGUCUCAGUUCUUCUCAAAGGCAUCUGUACAGUAAUGUGAUGUUAGAGAACUACAGGAUCUUGGUAUCACUGGGACUUUGCUUUUCUAAGCCAAGUGUGAUAUUAUUGUUGGAACAAGGGAAAGAGCCCUGGAUGAAGAGAGAACUGACAAAAGGCUUGUACUCAGACUGGGAAUCUAUGUAUGAGACUGAAGAAUUAACCCCAAAGGAGGACAGUUAUGAAGAACAGUCAUCUGAGAAGAUGAUAGAAAAACUUACAAACUAUGGCCUUGAGUACUCCAGUUUAGGAGAAGAAUGGAAAUGUGAAGUCCAUUUUGAUAGCCACCUAGGGAGUCAGAAGCCCUGUUUUAAGGAAGAGACAAUCACUCAUGGAGAAGCUCUUGUUGAUGAAAGAAUACGAGAAUAUAACAGAUCUUGGGGAAGUUUCCAUCCAAACACACUACUUCAUACACAACAGAUAGUCCCCAAAGAGGAGAAAAUACAUAAACAUGACACACAUAAGAAGAACUUAAAAAAAAAAUUGAUGUCCAUUAGACCCAAGAGUAUAUAUACAGAGAAGAAGCUUUUGAAAUGUAAUGACUGUGAGAAGGUCUUCGGCCAGAGUUCCUCUCUUACUCUUCAUCAAAGAAUUCAUACUGGCGAGAAGCCUUAUAAGUGUGUAGAAUGUGGGAAAGCCUUCAGCCAGAGAUCAAAUCUUGUUCAACAUCAGAGGAUUCAUACUGGAGAGAAACCUUAUGAAUGUAAGGAAUGUGGAAAAGCCUUCAGUCAAAAUGCACACCUGGUUCAACAUCUGCGAGUUCAUACUGGGGAAAAACCUUACGAAUGCAAGGUGUGUAGGAAAGCCUUCAGUCAGUUUGCCUACCUUGCUCAACAUCAGCGAGUACACACAGGAGAGAAACCCUAUGAAUGCAUUGAGUGUGGGAAGGCUUUUAGUAAUAGAUCAUCCAUCGCUCAACACCAGAGAGUUCAUACUGGAGAGAAACCUUAUGAAUGUAACGUCUGUGGGAAGGCAUUUAGCCUUCGUGCAUACCUUACUGUACAUCAAAGGAUACAUACUGGAGAGAGACCUUAUGAGUGUAAGGACUGUGGGAAGGCCUUCAGCCAGAAUUCACACCUUGCUCAGCAUCAAAGAAUUCAUACUGGAGAAAAACCUUAUAAAUGCCAGGAAUGUAGGAAAGCCUUCAGUCAGAUUGCCUACCUUGCUCAACAUCAAAGAGUUCAUACUGGAGAGAAACCCUAUGAAUGUAUUAAGUGUGGGAAGGCUUUUAGCAAUGACUCAUCCCUUACUCAACAUCAGAGAGUUCAUACUGGAGAGAAGCCUUAUGAAUGUAAUGUUUGUGGAAAGGCUUUUAGUUACUGUGGGUCCCUUGCUCAGCAUCAGAGAAUUCAUACUGGGGAGAGACCUUAUGAAUGUAAGGAGUGCAAGAAAACCUUCAGGCAGCAUGCCCACCUUGCUCAUCACCAGAGAAUCCAUAUUGGGGAGUCACUCUCACCCCUCAAUCCAGUCAAUCACCAAGUCCUAUAGACAGAUGCUCUCAUAAAUAGUUUUGAAAUUUAUACUUUUCUCCACCCCGGUCUUAAGAUUCACCUGGAUCACUGCUGUCACUUUCUAACAGGUCCUCCUAUUUCAACUUUUGGUCUUAAAUGCAUUUUCCACUAUGUACCCACACUGAUCUUUUUGAAAUGUAAGAAUACACAUCACUGUCUCCAGUUAAAAUUCUUUUUGACUUCUUGUGGUUAAGCUAAUAUUCAAUCUUUAAAUUUCUCUAUGAGGCACUUCAUUAUUUGGUUCUAAUAUACUUUUCAGCUUUAUUUUAUUCCAGUCUCCCUCUCUGGUCAUUAAACAGUUGUAGGACUCGGCUUAGAGUCUUGAAAAUCAUUGCUGUGACACUACUGUGGCAUUGUGUGACUUCGAGUAAUUUGUUUGACUCAUUUAAAUCUUGGAAUUUUCUUUAAUUCUUGAAAUAGGGGAUAAUAAAGGAUAUUGUAGACGUGAGUAUUAAAUGAAAUAGUGUCUGUUGUAGUUUGAUGCAUUUUAAAAAUAAAUUUGCAUGUAAAGUACUUCACAUAGUGCAUCAAAUAGAGCAGCUAUUCAAUAAUUAACAUGUAUUGAGUAUUACUAUGCACCAGGCACUAUUCUUCACAUUUAAUAUAUAUAUAUAUAUAUAUAUAUAUAUAUACACUAACUCAUUUACUUCUCACAACUAAAACAAGAUUCCUUAAAGGACAAAGUAGACCAUCCCUGGGAAGCAGCAGGUCAGGAUUGGGAAAUCCUAGAAAUUUUAGCAAACGUAAGUGGAAUCUUUGUACUCUAGGUGAGUAGUCAGUAUUCAUGCAAGCAGUAAAGCCAUAACACUUAAAUAAGUUUCUAAAGACAUGUCUAAAGAAAAUGAAUUGGAUAAACCAAUUAAAUAAAAGAAAAUGAGGCUUAACUGAGAAGUUCCUUAAUUUUGCAUUAAGAUCAAGAAUAGAGAGGACCACAAUUAACUCCAAAAAAAAAAAAAAAUAGAAAUUUAUACUGUCUGAUAAAAAGACAGCAAGUCCAGGUGUAGGUGAAUCUGGAUAAUUUCAAAAGCAUUUAGACUUUUCUAUACCAUAGACAAAGUGUAAAGUCUAUAAACUUUUUAUCCAGUGUUGUAUAUGUGAAAUUAAAAGGAAAUUGAGGAAGAAAGAAAAAUAUAUAAGCUUUCAUUCAGUGACUGUUGAAUAGCCACUUUGCCAGACACUAUUUUACGCAUGAGGAGACUAUACUGAUCAAUGUAAAGACCAUGUUCUCAUGGAGUUACAUUUUAAAGGCUGCAACAGUUAAUAAAGGACAGUAUAUUUUCUAGACCCAGAAAACUGAAGAAUAAUAGAAUUGAGUAUUAUAUAGUCUAGGCUGAAGAGACUCAAGAUGAAAAAAUUAUUUCUCCUAAUUCACAAAUUUAUUGGUGUGUCAACCAAAAUUCGUCAGUGGACCUUUUGCCCACUAAUUUCACAACUUUGUUCUGAAAUUCAGCUAUGAGAUGUGACUUCCCAUGAACAGCAACUAAAUUAAUGAAUGUGAUCUAUUUGUAGAAAUUUUGCACAUUAUUAAGAUGGUCCAGACCAGUAGAGAAUGGAUGGGCUUGGGGGUAUUAGAAUAAUUAUCUAUAUACAUCACUAACAGUAAGGGAGUACAGAUAAAACUGUAAUCAGCUAUUUCAAAACCAUCAUAUUGGCAAGAGCAUCGCAGUGCCAGUUAUUAAAAAGAUGGGAAGCAAUAGAGAUGUUCAUACAGUGCCAGCAGAAGUAGUUGUUUUUAGAAUAAUUUGGCAAUAUCUAGCAAAGUUGAAGGUGUAGGCGCACUUUAACCCAGCAGUUCCACACUUAAAUCCAUACAGUUUUAUGUGUUCAGGGUGAUAAAAGAGCUGAAGUUCCCCUUCAGCAUUGUUUUUGAGAAUGGAAAGUUUAAAGUGCUCAAAAUAACCACUAGAGUGUUAAGCCCCAAGUUAAAAUGAAUGAACUAGAAAAUUUCUACCAGCAUGGAUGAAUAUUGAAAACUGUUAUUUAAAUUGUACUAGUGAGUAUUUUAUAUGAGGUGGUACCACUUGUUUAUAUAAGUUUGAAAAUAGGCAAAUCAAUGCUGUGUAUAUCUCCCAUGGCUACAUAUUAUAUAGAAAUAGUGUAUUUAUAUUCAUGGAAAUAAUGUUCAAAUUCAGAACAGUGGUGACCAUUGAGGAGGGAGAAAAAUGACACCCAGGAAAAGACACAAAGGGAGAUCAGUUUUAACAUAUUUCUUUGAAAAUUGAGCAAAUAAGGCCAAUUCUUAUAAUUUGAUAAAGCUGGUGGGUUUGUAAGUAAGCUCUAUUCUCUUAUCUUUCUGUGUAUUCUAUUUCAAAUUAAAAUAAAAAUUUAAAUGAUG